AGCACGUGGGCCGGGGGGCAGGGCCGGUGCCUUGGGUGGCGACGGCCCCUCCUCCCAGCCCUUACUCAUUAGCCAGGCGGCACGGUGCCCCGGCCGGCCGGGCGAGGCUGGCUGUGCGGGUGCUCCGGCCUGCAGCGGGGCUCGGAAUGGACGGCCCCCGGGACAUGGUCCCCCCGGGCCAAGGGAGCCGCUGCCGUGCCCUCCGCAGGCUGGUCCCCGUCGGCUUUGGGGCCGAGGCGAGGACGCUCUUUGUCCUUUCUGGACCCCUGUUCCUCUUCCAGAUGCUGAACUUCAUGACCUACGUCGUGAGCACGGUGUUCUGCGGACACCUGGGCAAGGUGGAGCUGGCGGCAGUGACCCUCUCGGUGGCUUUUGUCAAUGUCUGCGGAGUUUCCAUUGGAUUCGGCUUGUCCUCGGCCUGUGACACCUUAAUGUCCCAGAGCUUCGGCAGCCCCAACAGGACGCACGUGGGAGUCAUCCUGCAGCGGGGCGCGCUGGCGCUGCUGCUCUGUUGCCUUCCCUGCUGGGCGCUCUUCCUCAACACCCAGCACAUCCUGCUGCUCUGCAGGCAGGACCCGGCCGUGUCCAGGAUGGCCCAGGAGUACGUGCAUGCUUACAUCCCAGCGCUCCCGGCAAAUUUUCUUUACAGCCUGCUGGCCAAAUAUCUGCAAAAUCAGGGCAUCGUGUGGCCCCAAGUCCUCAGCGGCGUCGUGGGCAACUGCGUCAACGGGCUGGCCAACUACAUCCUGGUUUCCGUGCUGGGCCUGGGGGUCAGGGGCUCAGCCUGUGCCAACACGGUCUCCCAGUUCACGCAGGCCGUCUUCUUGCUGCUCUGCAUCGUGAAGAAGAAGCUGCACCUGGACACGUGGGCAGGCUGGUCCAGCCAGUGCCUGCAGGACUGGGGCCCCUUCUUCCGCCUGGCCGUGCCCAGCAUGCUCAUGACUUGCAUUGAGUGGUGGGCCUAUGAGAUCGGGAGCUUCCUCAUGGGCCUGCUCAGCGUGCUGGACCUCUCUGCCCAGGCCAUCAUCUACGAGGUGGCCACUGUUGUCUACAUGAUUCCCAUGGGGCUCAGCAUCGCGGUCUGUUUCCGAGUGGGGACGGCCCUGGGAGCCGCAGACACCGUGCAAGCCAAGCGAUCUGCCGUCUCAGGCACCCUCUGCACGGUUGGCACCUCGCUGGUCGUGGGCACUGUGUUGAGCCUCCUGAGGAACAAACUGGGCCGCAUCUUCACCAAUGACGAGGAAGUGGUCGCCCUGGUCAGCAAGGUCCUACCGCUUUACGUCGUCUUCCACCUGUUUGAGGCAGUCUGUUGUCUCUACGGUGGGGUCCUGAGAGGGACCGGCAGGCAGGCCUUCGGGGCGGUCGUGAACGCCGUCGCGUACUACGUCGUCGGCCUCCCGCUGGGCGCCGUGCUGACCUUCGUGGUCGGGCUGGGGAUCACGGGCCUCUGGCUGGGCAUGCUGGCCUGUGUCUUCCUGGCCGCCGCGGCCUUCGUCACCUCCACCGCCUGGAUGGAUUGGAAGCGCGCCGCGGAGGAGGUGCAGAAACGCGUGGGGCUGCCGCCCCAGGCCGCUGAGAGCGCAGCCCCCAGCCUCAGACCCGGGCCCGAGAGAGUGGUCGUAUCUUCAGUGGCUACGGGCAGCUACCCUGGCGUGACCCUGACAACGUACUCAAGGCCCGAGGCCCAUCUGGACCUCUUCGGGACUCCGGAAGCAGCCCAACCCCUGCCAGCUCCCCCUGGCAGACUGUCGGCCAAACAGCUGGCCAUCCGCCGAGGGGCUGCUCUGGGGGCAGCGACGGGCACGCUGGUGGUGGGGCUUGUCAUCAGGGUCCUGACUGCCAGGCCCUAGCAAGAAAGGACGCAGACAGUGGCUGCCCAGCCCACAUCCUCAGAAACAGGCCUUCGGCCGGUGCCUCGUGUGACGUCACGGGUCUGAACUGCGGCGAACUGCUCUUUACAAGGCCUCAGCUGACCGGAAGACGAGGCUCCUGGGGGUGCUACCAUUAUUCAAUAACGUAAACGGCUUCAAACUGGAGAUUUCAAAUCAAAACAAAAUGGCAGACGCCACUGUUACAUUAAGAAGUGCAUAUUUCUAGGCUGAGUCUGCUGCCCAAGUCUGUACACAAAGCCUUUGUGAAGCUCUGGAAAGGGGGCUAGCGGGCCCCGUGCAGCAGCCCACCUCGCGGAGACCCCCAUCUGCGUCCUGCCCAUGCACCCUCCGCAGAUCCAGGCGCCGUGAGGCCCCGACCAGGGCCGGGCUGGUCACCUUUCCUUCGGUCCUCUCGUGGCAUCAGCAUUUUCACGUAUCACAGACCUUGAGAAACACCUUUCAUACAGUAGCGAUAAGAUAUAAACAAGGGCAGCGAGGCCCAGAUCGUUGGGCCACGUAGCCUCAGGGUGGAAUCUGAUGCUGAUCCGAAUUCUAGGGUGCUUUUGCGGCCUGGGACUGGUGACCAUUUCUGGGCUCCAGGCCGCACACCGCCACCCAGUGGGGGCAGCCUGGCCUCUGUCGUCAUCAGCCCCUUCAGCAUCAGUAGCUAUAAACACACCCACAGACAAACGGAUGUAUUGAUCAAGGUCAAUAGCAAAAAAGGAUGCAGAGUGCAAACCCUGGUUCUGAAGAGCCAGCACGGCAUGGCUCCUGCUCCAGGCCCUCCGCCCACAGGAAGGCAGAAGCCUGCACCCUCAUCUGCGACAUGAAGACAGCUUCUGCACCCAAACACAACGACCAGGUACACAACACAGCAAAGUCACGUCACGUGUCCUAAGGUUGAGAGGUAUUGAGGAAAAAGGACUCCAUGCUCAAGUAAGUUUGGGAAACAACACACACCGGCACUUCAAAGGUUCCGUAGGCCUGGGAUCUUUAAGAUGCUGGUGUGCUUUACAAACCCCUUCUAGGCAGGAUCGGCAGUGGGACCAGUUUUUGUGUAAAAUCUUAUGGGAUUGGUGUCUCAUGAAUGUGCUUACAGAAAUACUUGUUUUGGGUCAGCAGGUGGGGAAGGAGGAUAUAGUUGGAAAAAAAACCCUAUUUACUCUAUAGAUUAUUUUAAAAAACAACCCACAAAUGACAAAGUAAAACUUGAGAAAAAUCUUCUUGGCUGAGAAUUUAAAAUGAGAAAUAAUCAGUUAAAGAAAGCUGACCAACAACUCCUUUGAUAGAUAAAGGCAAAAAAAAUGGAUUUAUAGUUGGAGAAAACUUGUGGUCAAAGAAUUGUCUCCAACAGGUGAUAUCUGGAAACUAAGAACAUUAUUACAAUUCAUGCCAGUUUUACCAAAUAUAAUGUAUUUAUCCUAAAGCAGAAUAUACUAGUAGACAAGCCAACACUUUUGCUUAAUUAGAAUGUUUAAUAUUUGCAAACAAAUCAACGGACAAAGGAUUAAUCUCCAAAAUAUAUAAACAGCUCAUGCAACUCAAUCUUAAAAAAAACAAACAACCCAAUCAAAAAAUGGGCAGAAGACCUAAAUAGACAUUUCUCCAAAGAAGACAUACAGAUGCCCAAGAGGCUCAACAUCACUAAUUAUUAGAAAAAUGCAAAUCAAAACUACACUGAGGUAUCACCUCACACCGGUCAGAAUGGCCAUCAUCAAAAAAAUCUACAAACAAUAAAUGCUGGAGAGAGAGUGGAGAAAAGGGAACCCUCUUGCACUGUUGGUGGGAAUGUAAAUUGAUACAGCCACUAUGGAGAAGAGUAUGGAGGUUCCUUAAAAAACUAAAAAUAGAACUACCAUAUGACCCAGCAAUGCCACUCCUGGGCAUGUACCCAGAGAAGACCAUAAUUCAAAAAGAGUCAUGUACCACAAUGUUCAUUGCAGCUCUAUUUACAAUAGCCAGGUCAUGGAAGCAACCUAAAUGCCCAUCAACAGAUCAAUGGAUAAAGAAGCCGUGGUACAUAUAUAUACGAUGGAAUAUUAGCCAUAAAAAGGAACAAGAUUGGGUCAUUUGUAGAGACGUGGAUGGACUUAGAGACUGUCAUUCAGAGUGAAGUAAGUCAGAAAGAGAAAAACAAAUAUGUCGUAUAUUAACGCAUAUAUGUGGAAUCUAGAAAAAUGGUACAGAUGAACCGGUUUGCAAGGCAGAAAUAGAGACACAGAUGUAGGGAACAAACGUACGGACAGCAAGGGGGGAAAGUGGCGGGGGGUGGUGGUGGUGGUGGGAUGAACCGGGAGAUUGGGAUUGACAUGUACACACUGAUGUGUAUAAAGUGGAUGACUAAUAAGAACCUGCUGUAUAUAAAAAAAGUGUAACGUACAAUAUACCAAAUGAAAAUCCUGUAUUGAAAUUCUG